CACCCCUCCGUGAUGAUGAGGCAUGACAUCCUACUCUCGCGUGUUUUGGAAACAGCAUGGCUGCCUUGGUGGUUCGGUGGCGCGGCUGGUCUGCAGUCAGACGAAAGGUCGCUUUGUUUUUGGCUCAGUCGUCCGGAGGAAUCAGGUGCAAAUCCUCCAUACAGUAUGUGAGCCGACCAGACCUGCCCAAGCUGGCCUAUCAGAAGGUGAAAGGGAAGAGCCCAGGCGUGGUCUUCCUCCCUGGCUUUGCCUCCACCAUGGCAGGACAGAAGGCUGAAGCUCUGCAGGAGUUCUGUAGGUCCUUGGGCCACUCCUACCUGAGGUUUGAUUACACUGGCUGUGGAACAUCAGAGAGCCAAUGGACGGAGUGUACACUGGGUACCUGGAAGAAGGACGUGCUGUUUGUGUUGGACGAGCUUGUAGAGGGACCACAGAUCCUUGUUGGCUCUAGCUUGGGUGGCUGGCUUAUGCUUCUGGCAGCCAUUGCACGACCUGAGAAGGUCGCCGCCCUGGUGGGCAUUGGCACUGCAGUGGACCACUUCGUCACAGCCUUCAAAGCCCUUCCUCUGGAGGUGAAGAAGGAGGCGGAAGAGAAGGGGGAGUGGACACUAGCAACCAAAUACAAUGAGGAAGGUGUCUACAGAAUCAGCAUGGACUUCAUCCGAGAAGCAGAGAAUCACUGCAUCCUACAGGGCCCCAUCCCGGUGACCUGCCCUGUGCGGCUGCUCCAUGGGCUCAAGGACCAGGAUGUGCCCUGGCACGUAUCCAUGCAGGUGGCUGAGCGUGUGCUGAGCACUGAUGUGGAUGUCAUUUUGCGUAAAGAAGGACAGCACCGUCUGUCUGAGAAGGAAGACAUCAAGCUGAUUGUGUACACAAUCGACGACCUCAUUGACAAACUUACCACACUGGUGUGAGUACGGCUGCACCGCAUAGCUGCCUGCACACUGUGAUGGAUGCUUCUCUGAUCUAGUCCCAGAAACACUUAUUCCCAUUUACUCUGUGUUGCAAGCACAUUAGUAUUUGCAAACAAAGCUGCUGUCGUCUUUCAGAAUACCUGUCUCCUAAAGGUAUUCCCCGGUCAGUAACGAGUCCAGAAUGUGCCUUUUAAUGUUACUUUUCACCCUGUGUGCCCUGAUUCUUUCUUUUAUUAAACUCAUCUCUCUCAUGUAUGUUUCCUGAACGUCUGCAGUGCUAGACUCUGCUUACUUAGCAAAGUGUUUCAUUUAUGGUUGUCUGUCUGUCUGACAUUUGCAGAUAAGUUUUGUUGUACUUAAGGUUAAGAAUAACUUUUCUGGUAAAAUAUCUGUAUAAAGGGGAAAAUGUUGGUCUAGAUAAAAGUGUGUAUGAACGCUGUGAGUGAAUUGCCAACACACAGAUGUUACAGGUGCACAUGGCAGGCAGCACAGAGUGGCUCACUGUGCUUUAUCUAAGGAUUAAGGAGUGCUUUGAAGGUCCAGAUGCUGAUCAGGCCAUCAAACAGCACCCUGCAAGUUUUCAGAAAUGUGAUUAUUGAGUUUUUCUUACAAUGUUGCAUGGAUGUUUAGAGGAACCAGCAGCGCAGAGCACCAUGCGACUUUGGCUUUAGAAGCUUUGGUUGUGGUUUCAGAAGCCCAAUACAGACCCUUUUUCCUUAAAUGUCUCAUCCUUAAAUUAGGUGUUAAGUAGAAGUCCUCAAGUAAAGUUCAUUAAAGUUGGUUCAUUAAAGUUAAUACUCCCCAGUGUUUAUAUCAUGGAUGUAGUUCAUUCCUGUAAUACGGCCCCACAGAUUGUCUGUGAGACUAUCUUUCAGUGGUUGCUGUCUCUGACCUUCCAAACCAAAGCAUGCUGGGAAAUGUCUACAAUCCAGGUAAUCAUUUGGGUUGCUAAUAAAAGUUUACACUUUUUGUUUAAUGAAUGUUCUCUCUUCUGUAUUCAGCUUGGCUCACUGGUCCUGUUCCUUGGUCUGCUGUCAGUGACACUACAUUAGUUCUGCAUUCAGUGGUCCCAUUCUGUGGUCUGCCAUCAGUGACACUACAUUAGCCUUGUGCUCGCUGGUCCCGUUCAAUGGCCUGCCACCAGUGACACUGCAUUAGCGCUACACUUGCUGGUCCUGUUCUAUGGCCUGCCACCAGUGACACUGCAAUAGCGCUACGAUUGCUGGUCCCGUUCUAUGGCUUGCCAUUGCUGCAUUAAUGCUGUGCUCACUGAUCAUCUUUCUGUUGUAACUCAUCCCACAAUCUCUAACCCUCAAGUGCUACUGUGACCUUUUCCAGUUAAUCAGUCAUUUGCUUCCAAUAUAUCCAGCUGGAAACUGGCUCGCAACAGCAAUUUGUUCUAGCACUACAUAUUAAAACCUAAGGUCUUUUGUAGAUUUGUUUAAUGGUGAACUAUUUCACUUACCUGAUAUCCAGAAGUACUCAUUAAUGUCAUUCAUGUCUUUAUAGGACAUUGUACUGCUUUGUUUAUAAAACAAGCUUGAGGCUAAAAAAUUCAAUUAAAAUGUACAUUACAAA